AUGGCUUCUUCUCUCAUCACUCUCUCCCUCCUCCUCUCUUUCUCUCUCCUCUCCACACCCAUAACUUCUUCUCCUUCUCUUUCCCCAUAUCUCUCUCCAAUUUUCCUCAAGAAUUACAAUUCCAUGUCUGCAAAUUUAAGAAUCUUCACUUACAUCCCUUUUCAGCCAUUUUCAUUUUCUUCACCUGCAGAAUCGCUUUUCUACAAAUCGCUUCUCAAUAGCCCCUACGCUACUCACGAUCCUGACCAGGCCCAUUUGUUUUUCAUUCCCUUUUCCCCUGAUCUCUCUACGCGCUCUCUCGGGCGUUUGAUUCGCACGCUCCGUACCGACCUGCCGUACUGGAAUCGGACUCUCGGCGCCGAUCACUUCUUUUUGUCGUCGGCUGGUGUUGGGUACUCCUCUGAACGGAACGUUGUUGAGUUGAAGAAGAACGCUAUUCAGGUCUCUUCCUUCCCUGUUCCUGCCGGGAAGUUUAUCCCUCAUAAGGAUAUUUCCUUGCCGCCGGUUUCCGGUUGGGUACCGGUGAAUGAGUUGACCGAAAAAGAGAGAGUGUUGGGUUUUGUUGGGUAUGGUUGGGUGAAGAGUUUGUCUUUGGUGAAUGAAUUGAUUGAGGAUCCUGAGUUUGUAAUGGAGUCGGAGCCGCCGCUUACGGCGUCGAGUUACGGGGAGAAACUAGCGAAAAGUGACUUCUGUUUGUUCGAAUAUGGCGGCGGGGAUGUUUCGGGAAUCGGGGAGGCUUUACGGUUUGGGUGUAUUCCGGUGGUGAUUUCGGGCCGUCCGAUUCAGGAUUUACCGUUGAUGGACGUUAUACGGUGGCAGGAGAUGGCGGUGUUUAUCGGCGGCGACGCCGGAAUUCAAGGUGUGAAGAAGGUAUUGAGGGGCGUGGACGAUGAGAGUCUAGCGAGGAUGAAGAGAUUGGGUGCAGCGGCAGCCCAGCAUUUUCAGUGGAACUCGCCGCCUCAGCCGUUAGAUGCUUUCAAUACGGUGGCGUUUCAGCUCUGGGUGAGAAGACACGCCGUUAGAUAUGCGGAGAGGAGAGAGUGGGCCCAGAGUUGA